GUUUGAUUGUCUCAAUGUGCAUUUUCAAAAUAUCAACUUUUAAUAAUUGUUGUAUAAAGAGAAUUUAAGAUAUACAAAAGAGAAUUUGUAUUCUCAAACAAUUAUCCAAAUAAAUAACUAAAGUUGUACAUUGACACUCGUAAAAAUAAAAAAAGUUGCGAGUAUUAAAAAACGGAGGAAGUAAUUUCUUUCCCAAGUGUCCAGACCAAGAGCAUCAUAAAUUCAUAUACAGUUUACAGUAAAUGAUUCCCCCACUGACCUAUAAAAAAAAAAAAAAUUGCAAGAAAUAAAUACUUGUACUAAUUUCCUCUUAUGGAGUUUGAAGCUUAAACAAGUCCAAUCUUAUCCUCUGAUUUCAUCACUAGUAAGGAAGCAAAAAUCCAUAGGUUUAUAGCCAGCAAUUUAUAGCAUACUUCCAGAGAAAUGAAUGAAGUUGGAUUUGAUCAACCUAAAUCUGAACUCGAACCUGAAAGUGAAAGGGAAGGUGAACCUGUCUUCCCUACAGAUUCCUGCGAGGAAGUUGAUGUUGAUAUUGAGCCGCUUUCAGGAAAGCCUUUCUGUCAUGUUGUUCUUAAGAAAUCACACGUCGGUGAUGCUCAUUCUGUGUGUCAAUUGAAAUUGCCUGCACAUUUUAGUCGAGUACUUCCCAACAAGAGAGUCCCAAUUAUCCUGACUCGUGGAGAAAGGAGUUGGGAGACGACUUAUCAUGGUACACAUAAAAAGUUUGACAUAAGGUGGAAAGUUUUUGUUAAGGACAACAAGCUAAAGGUUGGAGAUGUGUGUGUAUUUGAAGCCAUGGAAUGCAAUGAUAGUGCUCUAAAGUUCAAGGUUCAAGUCCUUCGAGGAGACUUUCCAUGUAUGCUAUUGGAUAAGGAAGAUGGUACAAUUAAUAACCCCCUAGUUGUUGAGUAGAAUUAAUUAGGAUUAAGCCACUUUUUACUACUUAUAUAGGUUGUUUCUUGAGAGAAGUACUCCGUAUUGACUAAUGUCACUUGUAAAAUAAGUUGUAAGUGAACCUUGUGUUAGAGAUCACCUUCUAGGGUGAUUUCUACUUGUGAUUGUGUAUUAACAAUCACUAAAAGAUAAUGAUAAAGAGAGAAUGCAGGAAAUAAAAAAGAUAUUUCUUAUUGGAUGAAUAAUUAUUACAGCAAUAUGGUCUUAUGCAUACUAACUACUCUGAUGAUCAUUACAGUGGAAGCAUGCUAAAAAAAUUCCUAGAAUUAAGGAUAAGUUGUUAGGCUACAUCCUUCUAGAAGGUACGCGCAGUUGGAGUUGAUGCUCGAAGUGUAUUGUUGCUUAAGAGUUGUUUGUUGCAUUGCUGUAAGGAGGAUAGAAGUAGGUUGGCUGCAAUAACAGGAGUGUGUAACCAACACCCCUCUCAAACUUGGGAUGGGAUAAACAUUUGUCAUGCCAAGUUUGGAAGAGAGAGUUCUAUGUUGUAGACUUGGGAGAAUCUUAGUGAAGAUAUCAACCAGCUGAUUUUGUGUUGGGAGAUAACUUAGUUGUAAAGUGGCAAUCAACUUCAAUAUGCUUCGUACGUUCAUGAAAGAUGGGGUUUUAGCAAUAUGCAAAGCAGAUUGAUUGUCACAGUGUAGUUGGACAAGUUGCAAACAUGUUACACCCAAUUCCUCAAGUAGUCUGAGCUUCAGAGGAACUCUUAGAAAUUGUAGAUUGUUUCUUGGAUUUUAAACUUAUUGGAUAAUUUCCCAAUAAAAGAAUGUAUCCAGUCACUGCUCUUCUAGUAGAUGGACAGGCAACCCAAUCAGAAUCAGAAAAAGCCUGUAAUGUGAGAGCUUAUCAGUGGCCUUCAACAAAAUGCCUUGGCCAGCUGUGCGAUGAACAUACCCCAAAGUGUGAGUGCAUAAAUUGGCUAAGAGAUUGGACAACAAAGGCAAGAUCAGGUCUAGUAUGAGUUAAGAAGUUCAACUUUCCCACAUAGCACGUGUAUAGAUCAGGAUUGGCAUAGAGUUCCCCCUCGGGAGAAAGCUUCAAAUUUCAAAUUGAAUGGAAAAGGAGUGACUGCAGGUUUAGAAAUGUCCAGUUUACAGUCAUGCAACAUCUCCUUAGUAUACUUCCUUUGAGUGAGAAUAUAUCCCUCAGUUGUGUGGCAAAUUUCAAUACCAAAAAAGUAAUUAAGGAGACCCAAAUCUUUGAUAUUGAAUGUCUGAUGUAAAUGAUCCUUCAAGGCAGUGAUGGUUGCUUCAUUUGAACCUGUAAUGAUAAUGUCAUCAACAUAAGCAACCACCACUGUAAUGUCAGAAGAGUCAUGUUUGCUGAAAAGAGAAUAGUCAUUCUUAGACGGUUGGUAUUCUUAGACGACUGGGGUUGUCCUCCCAUAAAUCGGGAUGAGAUGCUUAAAAGUUGUACAAGGCCACUCGGAGAGCUAGAAACUGUAAAAUGCAUGGCCGUGCUCGGAUUAAUCAUAGGCUAUGAUUAUCUGUUUAUUUGAUCAGUUGAACUCUGAAACCGAGAAACACCUCUGGACAUAAUAAGGAUGACAACUCUUACCUUAUGUUCAAGAGCAAGCAUCAAGCGACAAAGGAAUUAGGUAAUGCACACUUGUCCCUAAGGACAAGUGGGAGACUGAAGGAAAUAAUGCCCUUGGUCCAAGUAUGCAUAUAAUAUUAAGUCUAAUAAAUGCGGUUCAGUAUUAAUUAACAAGCUAGUUAAUAAUUCAGUGAGAUCAAGUGAGCUGAAUGCCUAGCUAGAGGUCGCUUCAGUUCAAGUGGAAUUAAUGAUAUUAAUCCACAGCUUACUCUUGACUGAACCCGUAGGGUCACACAAAUAGUACAUAAACGGAUCAAGUAUUUAAUGGCAUUAAAUACUCCAUCUAUGGAUAUUCGGAAUCGACGGAUCUUGGUUUCAGUGGGAGCUGAGAUCGUCACAAGCAAGAAAUGAAUACUCCGGAAACGAUGAUAUUACCGGGAAUCUUCUUCAUCUUCUGAUUCACUCUCUGAUGAGGGUGAAACUAAAUGAUUCUGUGCUGUAGUUUCAGUCGUUACAGCUUGCUAGUCAACUCAAAAACUAGUAAAGGAUGCUCGUGUUGUGGUUUUGAGCCACCAUGAAUCCUUCAAUAAAUGGAGAAUCCGCCCAUUGCCAAUUACCCACUUCAUCCCUAUCCUUUCAGUCGAGUGAUUCUAAAAUAAUCCUAAAAUUUGGAGGAUUUGAUGAGAUUAUGAAAAGUAUAGUGGAAAUAUUAAUCGUAUCGGAAAUAUAAAUAUUAUCCAAGUCGUAAAUGUUUCCGGAAACGGAAACAUGGUACGUAUCGGAAAAUAUUAAUGGAAAUGGAAAUAUUGCCGGAAUCGGAAAUAUUGCCGGAAACGGAAAUAUUGUCUGAAUCGAAAAAAUUAUCGGAAUCGGAAAAUAAUUCCGGAAACGGAAAUAUUAAAUAUUUGUUCGAAACGGAAAUUAAUUCCGGAAUCAGAAAUAUUAAAUAUUGUUCGUAUCGGAAAUGAAUUCUGGAAUCGGGAAAUUAAUCGGAAGCGUAUCGUACGAAUUAGCAUCGGACGAGGCCUGCCAGACGAAGGCCCAGCACGAAGCCGAGCCAUCGCCCAGCAAGCCAGCGCGCCACAACGCACCAGCCAAGGCAGCGCCAGGCCCACCGCAAGGCAGGCCCAGCGCGCGCCAAGGCUGCGGCAGCGUGUGGGCCUCGUGGCAGUGGGCUGCGAGUUCGCGGGCUGCGCUCGCGCGCAUGGCGCCCCUCGUGGGCUGCUGUGCGUGCGUGUGUGUGUUUGUGUGCUAUACGAAUCCUAAAGCUAUCAGGUUUCGACAUAUGAUUAAAUUCCUAAUCCUAAAAGGAUAAAUUAAUUAAAUAAGAGUUCUAUUAGGAUUCUAGUUUAAUUAAUUCGUAUCCUAAUAGGAUUCCAGUUCCUUUUCCAUACCUCUAUAAAUAGGUGCCUAAGGUCAUAAUUUAUACAGACAAUUGAAGUAUUCUAAAGGUAAGAUUUUGAAGAAAAAUCAGCCAUACACUUGCACAUAAUAGCCAAAAUUCCUAAGCAACCUUAAGGGCGAUUCUAGUUGGUCAAGCUUAAGGCGGAUCCAGACGUGCUGUGGACUAUCUACGGAGGACGACACUUGGAGUCCUAAAGACUUGUUCUUGUUCGGUUCGGGCGCAACUAGGGAGGGCACGCAACAAAGUGUAUGCAUCUAAACUAUGCUAAAUGAUUAUGUGUAAAUAAUAUGCUUUCCUGGCUUUAUGGUUUUUCCGCAUGAUUUAUGUUUUGUCAUAUGUAUCAUAACCUAACAGUGGUAUCACGAGCCUCUUAUUAUUUUCAUAAUCUAAAUUACAUGAACAUGGUUAAAUUUUACAAAUUUGCAAGGAAUUAAAAAGGGGUGAUUAAUUUUCGUAAUUGUUAAUUAAUUGCAAAUUGCGUUUAUUUAAUUAUAUGUACGCAGUUUUUCGGCAGUUUCUUCGUUACUCAUCCAAAUCGAGUGAUUUUUGUGUCAAUUCCGCAUGUAAAAGGCAUUCUAAAAUUUUGACAAAAUUAAUGUUUUUCGGCCGAACUCAGAAUUCCCAAAUUCGAAGCCUAACUAUGAUUUUCGGAGGUUUUAGUUUUUCGAACGCAAAAGUUUGUAAAUUUAAGAUGUUAAAGUAAAUAUUUGCGAUUCUUGUUGAUAAAACUUGAAUUUUUGAUUGGCCUACAAUAUAUGUUUAACAAGUUUGAAUGCCUAGCCUUGUUAAUUAUACAACCUAAUUUGUAAUUAUGAUUAAUUUGUUGAAAUUCGAAUAAUUUAGAAUUAAUUUGAUUUUCAUAAUUAAUUAAUAAUUUAAUUAGGUACCAAUGAUAAAAAAACCACCAUAAAAAUUGUUAAUUUGAGUUAAAUUUUAAAUUUUUAUGACCUAAUUUGAAUCCAUGUUAAUCGGAAAUUAAUUAAUUAAUAAAUUUUCGAUUUUUCGCCCUAAAAUUAUGAAAUUAAUAUGAUUUAUUAAUUUGUCAUUAAUUUUGGAAAUAAAAGUUUUAAUUUUUAUGCAAUUCGCUCAUAAAACUUGCACGCACAAAGCAAUGGACGCUACGUGUUACACUUAAGGGGUGUUGUAUAGUGCGGGCAUGCGACGACGAGCAAGGGAGCUCGUCGCCCAUGCGGUACGAAUGCAGCGAGCAAGGCGAGUAGCGCGCGAGCACAAGGCAGCAGCCUUGCCUUGCGUCGAGUGCUGCGAUGAUGCAUGGACGGAUGGGCGAUGAAGCAAGGCGUGCGAGAAGGCAGGCGCGCGCGCGGGCAGCGAGUAGUGCCUCGCAGCACGAGCGCUGCCUCGCCCAGCCUCGCCAAACAGCUGCUGCGCGCAAGCGUGGCUCGGCUUGCUGCGUUUGCGCGUGGCAGCUGCUCCUGCCUUGCUGUGCGAUCACUCGUGGGGCGAUGCUGCCUCGAGGACUCGACGGGGCAUGGGCGCAAGCCCAUGGCCUCGUCUAGACCCGAUUGAUGCGCUUUGAAUUUAAUUUUUGAUUUUCAGUUCAGAAACAAUUUUAAUUAAUUUUAAAAAAUUCGUAAUUUAAAUUGUUUUCUUUGAAUUUAAUUUUGAAUAUUAUAAUUAUUAUAAAUUUUAUUUAUACUAAUUAUUUUACUAAAAUUAAAUCUUGAAUUAAUUUAAAUUCGUUUAAGUCAAACUGAAAUAAAUUAAAUUAAUGGAUUCGAUUAUAAAUUUAUAUGAGCUUUAAAUUUUAAUUAAAUUUGUAUGUUUCCGGUUAGACUAGAAAUACAUUUUUAUGUUUAAAAUUAGUAAAGCAUAUGAAUUUAUUGGUUUAAGUGGGAGCAUUUUUAGUCAUAAACUCUUGAUUAGGUCUACAAAUCCUUUAAGGUUAAACAACUUGAUUAGAAUUAAUAAGGACUGAAUAAUUGGUAGCUUAUUGGUGCCCUUAAUUAAUUGCUGCAAGUAUUUAUGUGAUGCAUAACGUGUUUUACUAAUCAACUAUGUGGGCCAUUCAUGAUAAUGAAUGGGUGAAUGGUAUAUAUUGUAUAUGUACUGUUUUGCAGGUUAUGGAGUGACUAGUAUGGCCCAAAUAGGAUAGAAAAUAUGGUCUGCGUACCAUUAAUUUGAAUGUAAUUGGUCUAAUGCACCAAAUUUGUUUUUCAAUUUAAAUAUGGUCUGCGUACCAUCAAAUAGUUGUAAUUAGUUUAAUUAUAGCUUAUCCUAUUUGAAGAAAAUGGCGCCUCCCACGGUGAAAUUCAAGACGAAGUUACCAUUUUCGAGACGGACUUUGAAGUUGAAGCUUCAAGAUGAAGUCGGGCCAUACUAGAUCACAUUUAUCUUAUGCAUGCUUUAAGUUAUUUAUUGCUUUAAAUAUGUCUUAAUUAUGCAUAAGAUUGUGGCUUGAUUAUGUUGCAUGAUUAAGGAUUUUAGUUCACUUAAAAUCUAACCAACAUAGUAAGAGCCUUAAGUUCCAAACUUAAAAAUUGAGUUAAAAGGUGCCAUGCCAAAAUAAACACUUGCUUGGAUAUCCUUUACAUCAAUCUAGUAAUAGUUUUCGCUCAGCGAGGUGUUACUUAUUGGUCUUAAAGGGGUAAGGUACACAAAUAAUUGUGAGUACAUGUUAGUUUUGGUGAAACUCAACGAUAUAAGUAAGGAGUCCUUUUAUGUCGUGGCAAAAUCGAUAGGUUUACCUAAUAAGUUCUUAGACGUACCUAUCAACCAAGAGUAGUUUCUAGACUAUUAGCAAAAGGCUUUUGCUUACCUAAAAGAUUUUAGAAUUGAGUCUAAAUACAUAAUGUGCUUAAUUCUUCAAUGGAUUUUAGGGUCUUGGAAUCAUUUUAUUCACACCUGCCGGAAUACAUAACUUGAAUAAAAUUCUUAAUGAACAUUGAAUUAUGCAUGUAUGCUAGAAUUUAAGUUUAUUAAGAGAAAUUGUGAAUGGUUAUUUAUUUGUUUAUUCUUUUCAAUUGUAGUUUUAACUAUGGAAAACAACAAUCAAAACAUCAUCAUGGGUUCUGAGCUUAUGGUCAAGCUGAACCUAACAAAUUUUCUUGAAUGGGAAGCUAGGAUAGUUGAAAUAGUCAGACUCAAUGGACUUGAGUAUGUACUGUUACAUCCCAUGCCAAGCUACUAUGCCAGAGACAUGACCCCUGAAAGAUUUUUCGCCUGGGAUGCGGAUCUCAAAAAGGUUAUGAGUCUCAUGCUGAACAAUAUCCCUGAUGAAUGGGCUAGAAGGUUUGUAGCUCAUGAACCUUUUAAGCUCAUCAAGAAUCUGAGGGAUAUCUGCCGUGGAAGCACGGAGGACAGGGACCUGAACGUCCAUGAGUUGAUUGAAUCAAUGUCUGGUCUAAAGGUUAGUUCUCCCAACAGGUGUUAUAGGAUGGAAGUCCAAGAAAUACAUGUUCAGCUCCUUCGCACUAAACAAAGGGUAGGCGUCCCACUAAGGUUCCAUGUGGAUCUUAUGCUUUCAUAUUUCGAUCGCCUAAGUCUGCUAGGAACACCAAUAAGCGAAAGGAUGGCAGUCUCUAUCUUGCUCAAUUCACUGCACAGUGGGUUUGGUCGCUUCAAGCAACUAUACCUAAGUGAACCAAGAGAAAAAACAGUUGCAGAAUUUGUUCACCUUGUCAGAAAGGCUGAGAUAAUACUGGACUGCGACGCCAAAGAUUUACUCAAGGCUAAAGGGAGACCGUUCAAGAAAAGUGGAAAGUCCAAGGGCAAUGCUAAAUCAAAGCAGGACAAGUCCACAUCAAGCUGUCUUUAUUGUUAUGGAAUAGGCCAUUACAAAAGAGAAUGUCCCAAGCUAAAGGAAGAUCAGAAGAACGGAACAGUCGUUCCAUCUUCAGGGACUAAGAAGAAGUAGAAAGUUAAGCAAGGGUGAAGUCGACCUACGAGUGGAAAAUGGAGCACGGAUUGCUGCAUUAGCUGUAGGAACUUAUUAUUUGUCGUUGCCCUCUGGGCUAGUUUUUGAACUGGAAGAGUGUUUCCAUGUUCCAAGUCUUACUAAAAACAUCAUUUCUGUAUCUUGCUUAGCUGCUAAGGGAUUUUCCUUUUUAAUAAAAGACAAUAGUUGUUCGUUUUAUUUUAAAGAGAUGUUUUAUGGA